AUGAACAGACGAACACUUCAUCGAUCUCAAUCUGCAAAAUGUCGAGCGUCUCCUUCAACAUCUUCAAUUAUCAAUGAUAACUGUUUAAACCUAAAAAUCUCAUCAUCUCUACCUGAAGCAUUUGUUUCAUCAUUACGUCAAUUAUUUUCUAUACUGGAUAAAACGAAUUGUGGUUACGUACCGUUUGACGUGUUUAAACGUUAUUUUGAUUGUUCCUCAUCAUAUUUUAAUUUCUUAAAUGAACUCGAAUUCGAAUCGACUUCUAGCAAUCAUUUAAUUACAUUUAAUUUACUUAUAAAUGCUAUUGAACGAUCAUUAUUAUCAACAAAAAAUACUUCAUCAAAUUUAAUUCCAAAAACUAAGCGUUCAUUAAAUCGUUCACCAAGUGUAUUGGUUAUUUCACCGGCAGAAGAAAAAGCUGAACGACAAAUUCCAACUAGUAAUCGGAAUUCCAAUGGAUUAGAAGUGAAUAAUUUCCGUGCAUUGAAUCCUAUCUACUUUACAAAUAGAGUAAAACGAAAUAAUGACAUUGAUUUUUCUAUGAUACGAUCUUUAAAACAAUUUGAAAUCGAGCGUGACCUUCUCAUUGAGACAUGUAAUACACUUGAUCGUGUUAAACUUUAUUUAACUGAUUGUCUUUAUGACAUGAAACGGAAGCAAAAAUCAUAUUGUCGUUAUUUGACAACAGCUGAAACGAUAGGUGUUGAACCAGAGCCAUUGUAUAAUCGUGAUUUAGUUGCUGAUUUGUUUAAAUUAGCUAAUAUAGUUGUUCAAGAAGUCGAUUAUAAUUUAAAAAAAUUAUCAGAUCGUUCAUUUAAUUCGAUUGCAACCUCAAUUUAUGGAAGUAAUAGUCGAUAUGAAAAAAAAUUAAAAGCAAAAGAUGAUUAUAUUAAACAAUUAGAAACUGAAAAACGUAUUUUACUUAACGAAUUAAUUCAAAUGAAACGUCAACGAGGAACAAUUAUACCAAUAAAAAUCUCUUGA